UAUGGAACCAAUUGUUUUUGAUUUGACGCUUGUGCGACACGGGAGAACCGAUGCAAACAGACAGGGCAUAGUUCAAGGACAUGUAGACACGCCCCUAGAUCAACUAGGGAUUAUUCAAGCAACGAGACUGGGUCGACUUCUGAGUAAAGACCGAUUUGACUUCGCUUUUUCCAGUGACCUAAAAAGAGCCCAUCUUACAUGUCAGUUAGUUCUUUCACAGCAAGUUGAAGAUGAUCAGAGUAAGAUGUCUCCUGUCGUGCGGACGCUGAAAUGUCUCCGUGAACGAAGUUACGGUGUAGGCGAAAACCUGAGUUUCUCGCAAUACUAUCAAUUGGCGGCAGAUGCCAACCAAGGAACUGCAUAUGAUUUUGUACCCGAGGGAGGAGAGUCACUGUCGCAACUACAGAGUCGGGCGAAAGAGUUUUUGGAGAUAAUGUACAAUUAUGCCACGACUGGAAGCGGCGACGAGCUGUUCGAAAAUUGCAAAGAAGAAUCUACAGGACCAAGUGAGAAAUUAACUCAGGCUCUCGACUCGUUAUCAGAUCAUGAUAAAAUGACUAUAGCGCACACUGUUCUGAAGGAAACGCCGUUUUUACCUGAAAAAUCUUCCCAGCAGUCGAUUUCCUGUAUCAUAGCUAGUCACGGAGGAUUCAUCAGGGAAUUCAUGAAGCUAGUCACCUGUGGAAAUCCCAGCGAAGAUGUAGUGUCUCCUGAAUUUAAGAAGCUUCUGAUCAACAGUCCGGCAAAUACAUCCUUCACUCAUUUUACUUUGACGAUGAAUAGUCCUACUGAGUUCACUCUGACCAAGCUGCACUAUUUGUAUAAUGUUUCUCACCUGAACGCAAAAGAAUAGACUACUUUGUUGCUGUUUUGAAAUAAAUUAUGUAUUAUAUUUGAAAUAAUUUUAUUACCGUCAGAUUCUAUGUAUUUUUAAGAUAGAAAUUAAAUAAUUGUUUUAGCUUUGCA